CUCAACACAAACGUGGAACUGAGUUUAACAAGUAACUAAAUCACAAAAGCAGCUGUAAAUUUAGGUGCCGAAACAAAAACAGAUUAGCUUUCUUUAAGCAUACUUUUAUAAAGUAUGACAUAUUUGCUACAGGGGACUUAUCCGAUUCAGGAUGAAGGAGAAUAUUCCCUGCAAUGCGAUAUAUGCAGCAGGAAAACGGCUGACAACUAAUAAAGAAUAGAAAAGAACCGACGCGCCUUCCCACUUCCGCUGCUCCGGGGCCUCGCGGUGCAUUGUGGGAAGCGCGGCCUCGCCGCCAUAUUGAACUUCUCCUCGGUUUGAAGGAGACUGCAGUCAUGAGGGGGAUUCGGGAGUUCAGCCGUUUCUCGAGCCUUUUGCGGGCCCAGGCUGCCAGCAAGCGGGAAGCUAUUGAGCGAGUGACCUUCCAUCCCCAGGAAGUGCAGCUCUCCAAGCUGCCCAACGGCCUCGUCAUCGCUUCCCUGGAGAACUACUCCCCAUGCGCUAAAAUUGGUGUGUUUGUGAAAGCAGGCUCUCGAUAUGAAGGUCCUGAAGAACUGGGCAUCACCCACCUGCUAAGGUUGGCUGCCAGCUUGACCACUAAGGGGGCAUCUGCAUUUCGGAUCUGUCGUGGCAUAGAGUCUGUAGGGGGCAGCUUGAGGGUUGCAUCAUCUAGAGAGAACAUGUCUUACACCGUGGAAUGCUUGCGAGACCACAUUGACACUGUUAUGGAGUACCUGAUCAAUGUGACGACCGCUCCUGAGUUUCGCCCUUGGGAGGUAUCUGACCUUACAGAAAAGAUGAAGAUUGACAAGGCUGUUUCCAGUCAGAGCCCCCAAAUUAGAGUCAUUGAGAAGUUGCAUGCUGCUGCUUACAAAAAUGCUCUCUCCAACUCUCUGUACUGCCCCGACUACCAAAUUGGUCGCAUCUCUUCAGAACAGUUGCACUCAUUUGUUCAGAACAAUUUCACAAGCGCAAGGAUGGCUCUAGUUGGCUUGGGUGUAGAACACGCUGUACUGAAACAGGUGGGCGAGCAGUUCCUUAAUAUCCGUAGUGGAACCGGCGCCGUGAGGGCCAAGGCCCAGUACUGUGGAGGUGAAUUCCGAGAGCAGAAUGGCAACAGCCUGGUGCACGCAGCUGUGGUGAGUGAGGGAGCAGCGACUGGGACUGCAGAAGCCUGCGCCUUCAGUGUGUUGCAGCACCUGCUGGGAGCAGGACCAUACGUGAAAAGAGGCUCCAGCACCACCUGCAAACUGAGGCAGAGCAUUGCCAAGGCAACAACACAGCCAUUUGAUGCAUCAGCGUUCAAUGUCAACUAUUCUGACUCUGGACUAUUUGGUGUAUAUACCAUCUCCCAGUAUGGUUCAGCCACUGAUGUCAUUAAUGCAGCUUUAUCCCAGGUAAAAAUGGUUGCCCAUGGGAAUUUUACUGAUGCCGACCUUACAAAAGCCAAGAACCAAGCCAAGUCUGAGUACCUGAUGUCACUAGAGGUCUCUGAUGGUCUGCUGGAGGACAUGGGACAGCAGUGUGUGGCUGAUGGUGUUUAUCAUUCCCCUGAGGUUGUGGUGUCCACCAUCAACUCUGUCACCUCUGAAUCUGUUGUCAACGCUGCUAAGAAAUUUGUAGCUGGCAAGAAAACCAUGGCAAGUAGCGGACAUCUGGUGAACACACCGUUUCUGGAUGAGUUGUGAAAGUUCUACAUGUUAAGAGAAAAAUGACAUGUAACUUUUUGUCUGCAAAAUGCAUCAUUUCCACCAGUUAACUUAUCCUGUAAUGUGUAGGUUUUAUUCUUAUCCACUUUACAUCUGUGCAUUCGUUCAAUAAACUCAACUUUAAUUUGA